CUCCUAUUUCAUCCGCUGCUACGACUACAACUACAUCAUCUCCAACAACAGCAACAGCCUUUGGUGCUGCCGCGGCUGGCAUCAAUGGCAUGGACGGGCAUGGUAAUAGCACCAACAACUUCAAAGCUAGUUCCCCUAACGGUGGUAGUGCUUCUCGUAGAGGAUCGAGGGCUCAACUCACUGGUCCAGCUAUUCAACAUAAGCAUGUUUGUAAGUAUCCUUAUUGUUCUUGGAGUUUCAAACGCUAUGAACAUCUCAAGCGUCAUAUGCUUGUUCACACUGGUAAAAGACCUCAUGUUUGCCAUUAUCCCGGUUGUGGUAAAAGUUUCAGUCGAUCUGAUAACUUUCACGCUCAUUACCGUACUCAUACGAAGAAGGCCAAUAUGUUGCAGCAACAACAAGGGUUAACCCUGGGCACAACAGUUAGACGAAAGUCAUCCAUCAAGUCCCGACAAGCUGCGAAUGCUGCCGUUUCCAAUAUGCAUGCCAACAUCCCCAUGGCCAAUACUGUGAAUGUGUCUAAUUCUGCCACUGCUAUGUCGAUAGGCUCUCAAGUAUCUCAACCAAGGUUCGACUCAUCCACUUAUUGUGUCAAGCAACAACCGAGUCAUCAGUUUGAUUUGUCCUCUUAUGACAGUAUGUAUGCUGCUCGAGGUUAUAUGACUGAGAAUACUCAUGUUUAUCAAGGUCAACCUCCCUCUCCUCAUCACAACCAGCAACAACAUCAGCAUCAGCAGCAUCAGCAGCAACAACAACAACAGCAGCAGCAGCAUCAGCAGCAUGAGCAGCAGCAACAUCAACAAUACAUGCGUCACUUUGGUCUGAACCACUCGGGUGUUCAUAAUUUACAAGACACUUCUGCACUUCCCAACACUGGCGUGCCAUCUUUGCUUAACCAUGAGAUCAAUAACGGUCACCAACAACAUCAUCAACAGCCAUUUUAUGCUGCUGCUACAACAAUGCAUAGCCCUGCAACGAAUAAUAUGGUCGUCUCUUCACCUGAACAUGAGCGAUUUGGCUAUUCAGUUGCACCUAUGACUCCUACCAGCUACAAUCCUAUGAUGCAUCACCACCAGCAACCUGGUACUGCUCAUUAUGUUACCACACCUAGAGAUACUUAUGGCUAUCACCCUUAUCCUAUGCAACAUAGCUCUUCCGAUAGUGAGAGUAGCUCCAUUACUGCUGCUGUUGCCGCCGUCGUUGCUCCACGUACAGAUUCAGGGUCGUCUGCUCCAACCACUGCUCCGACAACCAUCAAAGGAAGCCGUAAAGGAAACAACGGAGGCAACAAUAACAAUAACUGUAAAUCCCAUACUUGUCCCGUCACACAAUGUCAGCGUCGCUUUAAACGCUUAGAACACUUGAAACGCCAUAUGCGCAUUCAUACCCUUGAACGACCUUUUGCUUGCAACUUCCCUAAUUGUCAAAAAACCUUUUCGCGAUCCGAUAACUUAUCGCAACAUAUGAAGACGCACCAACGUGUUGAAGAUCGUCGUAGAAAACAACAUUAUCAAAAACCAAAAAAAGUCACCACUACUACUGCUAACAACAAUCAAGAGAAGCAGCAAUCUUCCAAUAAUGAAAAUGAUAAUAUUCUAUCCAAUAUGGUUGGUAUGUCAUGGCAAUCUGCCACUACCGGAACAGUGGGCUGCUAAUCUACAUACACACAUACACAACGUUUUUACAACAAUUUCCAAUAAUAUCUAACAAAAAAAAGGCUCGCGUACUCUUUACUCAUGUCCAAAUACCACAAUUAUGGAAACAAAUACCUCCAAAAAAGAAGAAAAAAACAAAAAAAAAAGAAAAGAAAAAAAAACCCC